GUUACACGGCGGUCCAAAUAGUUCCUAAAAAUAACCCAUGCGCCUAUAAGUAUAACUCCUAAACCCUAACCCUCCCUCUUUUAAUACCUUGCUUCUUGAAGCGCCGUUCCUCUCUUCAAUCUCUCUCCUGCUUUCUCUCGCCCUUAGCUUAAAAAAUACAGAAUGGAGUCCCAAAUCAAGCAUGCUGUUGUCAUAAAGUGCAUGGGCCGCACUGGCUCAAGGGGGCAAGUGACCCAAGUCAGAGUGAAGUUCUUGGAUGACCAAAACCGUUUCAUCAUGAGGAACGUCAAGGGUCCUGUAAGAGAGGGAGACAUCCUCACCCUCCUCGAGUCUGAGAGAGAAGCAAGGAGGCUUCGUUGAAUAAUUAACCAUGUUCGUUGCUGCAGUUAUAGUCUGAAUGUUGGGACUUUAUUUUUGGAAAUGUUCUUAGUUUGAUGAGUGUAAACCUUAUGACUUUCUUUUGCAAGGAACAUACUUUCUGGUUGUAAGACGGUUAUCCUAAUAUGAUAAUUUUUUGAAAACUA